AAAGCGUGCAGAGGACGGCCAGAUCUCCUACUGAAAACAAGUGGAUCUCUGUGGAUAAGAUCGCCGGGCAGCUAUGGAAGAACUUACAGCUUUUGUAUCCAAAUCUUUUGACCAGAAAAGCAAAGAGAGCAGCAGCAGCAGUAGCAGCAGCAGCAAGAAGGAGACUAUCACGUACAGGGAAGUUUUGGAGAGUGGGUUGGCUCGAUCUAGGGAGCUUGGAAACUCUGACACUAACCUGCAGGACAUUACUGAGAGCAGCAACCAUUGCCCGGUGCAUCUUUUCAAAGACCAUGUAGAGAGUGACAAGGACAAACUGAAAGAGUUCAGCACGGGCAGGACUUCGGAAGGGAUCUACGAGUGCAAAGAGAAGAGGGAAGACGUGAAGUCAGAGGAUGAAGAUGGACAGACCAAGCUCAAACAGAGGAGAAGCAGAACCAAUUUCACACUAGAGCAGCUGAAUGAGCUGGAAAGACUUUUUGAUGAGACUCACUAUCCAGAUGCCUUCAUGAGGGAGGAACUAAGCCAGAGGCUGGGACUCUCUGAAGCUAGAGUUCAGGUCUGGUUCCAAAACAGGAGAGCAAAGUGCCGAAAGCAGGAGAAUCAGAUGCAUAAAGGUGUGAUCCUGGGAACUGCCAGCCAUUUAGACGCCUGCCGAGUAGCCCCUUAUGUGAAUAUGGGAGCCCUGAGGAUGCCUUUCCAACAGGUAGUCCAAGCGCAGCUGCAGCUGGAAGGCGUGGCCCACGCCCACCCCCACCUCCACCCGCACCUGGCCGCCCACGCUCCCUACCUGAUGUUCCCCCCGCCGCCCUUCGGACUCCCCAUCGCCUCUUUGGCCGAAUCCGCCUCCGCCGCUGCGGUGGUGGCUGCUGCUGCCAAGAGCAACAGCAAAAACUCCAGCAUCGCCGACCUGCGACUCAAGGCCAGGAAACAUGCCGAGGCGCUGGGGCUCUGACACUUUCCCCGUGCUGUGUGCGUGUGUGUGUGUGGCCAGGACUCCCUCUCCGCUCCCUCUUGCCCUCCGCACCACCCCAACGUGACUCUCUGCAGGCCCCAGGCCUGCGGGGGAACAAGGGUCGCUGGCUUUUGGAAGGCCUGCAAGUACUUUUAAAGACGAUCACGACUGCUCCCUCCCGUCCCUAGUUCCUCUGUUUGGCUUUCCUCUCUCCCCCUGCGCGCUCAAAGCCUGCGCACCCGACCCGGUUCAUCUGAAGACUGAGGGGGCCCACUUGCCUGUCCUUCUUUUUUAUUUUUCAGGCACCUAGCGCUCCACAGUUAAAACUGCUCCCCCAGAUGCAAUGGUAGGGUGAGACCAUCCCGAAUCUGAUUUAAGUCAUCCGAUUAAACACAUACACACCCGCACACACACAAAAGCAAAGACUUUCCGGAGGAUAAAGUAGGUGGGGAACAAAAUCUUUAAAUUAUGCUAAUCUGUGAACAGUGGGACAUGUGGAUUUUGACCCUGGCAAAAGUGAUCACAUCAGCGUGAGGUCAUCGGCUGCCGUCAGUUCUGCGACCAUGUGCAUGUGUCUAACUCAACACAUUUUCAAGAUCCUAACAUCUAUUAAAACAAAACAAACAAAAAUAUAAAAAAGAUCCUUGGGGCUGGUCUCCAUUAAAGAUGACAUUUCUUUGUUGCCAACAGUAUUAUUUCACUGCCAUGAAUAUCUUCCAUCGCUGAGGAGCUGCUGCUGAAGAACUGGUUUGAAUUUAAAUGUGGAAUUUCAGAUUUGAGGCGAGGCAGGUUU